AGUUUUUGCGUUUCUAUCGCGCGGUCGAAUUUGUGCAAUUUCCGCUAAUGUUUAAGUUGUGCGUAUUGGAGGCAUUAAGAUUUUGCAUUUCUUAACAGAACAGCAACAACAACAAGAACGAAAAGAAAGGAGUGUAUGCAUUGACACACCAAGCACAUAAUUUAUAAAUUUAUUUAUAAAAAGUGUGACACUUUAUUUGUUACAAAGCUGACUUCUGGUGACAAAGUAACGCAAAAAAAUGCACUCAAUUGGUGGCGUGUUGUCCCUGUGUUCGGGCUACUUUGCAACUAUUUUGUUGUUGAUAGUGCUGCAGUGCAGCUACACAGCGGUCAACGCUUACGAGGAAAAUGACAAAUUUUGCAUACGCACUCAACCAAUGCUGCUGGCAGAUAUUGAGAAGCAUGUGAAUCCUAUAGAUGAUGAUCCUAAUUGCAAAGUGCUGGCCACAACGCUCACCACAAAGGAGAAGGAUAGUUUCAUGGAAAUUAUGUGUAAGGAUCAUGGCACCUCAUAUAAGGAUAGUUAUUAUUUCUUCAAACUGCGCAAUGGCGAACUGAGAGGACGCGGCUCGCACAAAGAUAUUUGCAAUGGUGUGAAAAACCCAUUGCUUGCUUGGGUGCCAUACAAUAUGGUGCUGGAGAAUUUCGCACAAGAACUGAAUCCGAAAGAGCAACUGAGUUAUAUUGGCAAAGCCACUGAUGUGGAUCGUGCAAAGACGGAACUCUGCCACUUCAGCCACACCGAUCUUGUCACAAACAUCACAUCUGACCUCUUUGCCUGCAUUGUAAUGAUUUUCGAGGACAACUUUUAUGGACAAGAUUCCAACAUUAAUGUGCUCGUCGAAAUAGAGCCGCUCAUGUACGAAUUGCGCAACAUAACCUAUUUACCCUGGGUGAACGUGACGACCAGCUACAAAACGUUGCUCGAUCGCUCCAGUCUCAACAAUCCGAAUAGCGAGCCGAAGCAAAUAUAUGGCAGCGUAAAAUAUGGUUUUGUCGAGAAGGUACACGUUAAUGUGAGCACUAUAUAUAACAAAAAUUUGGAUCAUUUGCCGUUAUUGUUCGAGCAUGCGGGCGCUGUAUUGGAAUUGAAUGAUUUGGGCAUUGGCGGUGUAGAUGUGACGGCGAAAGCUUAUUUUGGACGUUUCAUGGACCCACGUACUUCGGUCAAGGUGGAAGUGAUCGGUCAGUGGGCCGAGCACCAUCAACAAUUCAAUGCUGAUGUUUUCGACUACUUUGGUUAUGGCAUAAAACGCUACCGCAAUGAAAUCCAUCGAGGCGAGGUUACCUUUACGCGCAUUGAAAGCGCCGAACCAGUUUAUGAAACACCCGAUUCCACACAUCUUACGUCAAUUACACUACACUCGGGGGAAGAAAAAAAAUUCGAACGUUUGGAAAUGGCUGACACCGAAAAUUUUACACAAACACCUAAUUGGGAUGUUAACACCUACUACGAUUCUCAUCCUUAUCCGGGUUUCUAUCCGUGGUUUGUAGCUGGUAGCAUUGCAGUAGCAGUGGUACUGUUGGUGGUGGUAUUCAAUAUGGUGCGCAUUUGGAGCAAGAAGGAGGAGAAGAAACUUUAUAAGUUGGCAGCUUCUUCGGCAUAAGUUAUGUAGUUAUGUGGAGCAUAAAACAUGAGAAAGUGCAUUGAAGGCGUGGAGCGCUACGAAAUUGUUUGUUUUAUAAUAGUAUUAUCGAAGAUAUUAAUAUAUUAUAUAAUGUAUGUAUACACAUGUAUGUUGGCAUGCAGCAUGCUUAAAGUCCCUAAAGGCUUUUGACAAUACAUUCAAAAAAAUUUAACAUAUUUGCUGUUUUUAGUUACACGUAACAUAAUCUAUUUUUUCAUAAAAACAAACCAGAGCUAAACUGCUUUAGUAUUUGAGCUGAAUUUCGUUUCAAUAAAUGUUAAAUGUGUUCUACAAUUUGAAACCAAAAGAAAUUAAUAUAAAUAUUUCCAAAUAAAUAUUUUUAAUUUCUAACUA